AUGGCCAACGAAGCUUUCCCCCUCGAUGUUAUUCAAGAAGAAGAACCGGAGGAAGAUUUGGAAGAAUGGCAAAGGACAAACGACCCCGCUCAGCUAAAACAGCACCGUACGCAGGCCAAGAGAAUCCACACGAUGGCACUCAAUCAAGCUCUCCUUGCCGUCCGAAUGCAGGAAGAUGUUGGAACAAUCGAGAUUGAGCGAACAAGCCUGGUUCGUGCAUACGACAUCGUUGAAAGAAUUCACCGUCGCUACGUGGAAGUCUGCAAGUUCGACGGCAAAGAUCUAGACAGAGAAACCAGCUGGGGAAUUGAUAUUUCCAUCAAACACUCGAGGGCGUUAACCGACAUGGCCAACUACAUCGACUCCCUUCAGGCCCGCGCAAGAUCAGUUGCAGGUUUCAGCCGUAGUAGUGUUUCCAACCGUUCAUCAACCUCAUCGACACGACGUAAACUUCAGGAGGCCGAGCGGUUAGAAAAGGAAACGCAACUAAGGAUUCAACAGGAAAAGGCCGAAGCCUUACAACAAGCCGAAGAGGAAGAACGUAGAAAGCAGUUCGAACUUGGCAAGAUGCAGCUCGAAAUCGCCAGAAAGGCAGAGGAAAAGCGGGUUGAAGCAGCACGUAAGGAACGACAACUGAAAAUGGAGUUAGAGAAGCAACGUUACACUAGCUCCUUGUUACGUAAACAACUCGCAGACGAAUUAGCGGAAACCGAAGAGACGGAUGAAAUCGAAACGUCCGGGUUUGAUAAAUCAGAUGUCUGGAAAACUUCUAACGUCCCAUUUCAUGCACCCGCUACGCCUGUUCCAGAAUUCUGCAUGCCGUACAGACCAGCAACGACAACGCAACCAUGCUCUCAACACGAUCCGGCUGCGUCCCAACAGCCGUUUACGUUUGACCAGCCAUCUUCGUCGUUUCCUAACUUGAACGUCAACGCCUCAAGCUACGCACCCACAAACAUAUUCGAUCGGGUAGCUCAGCAAAUCAACUCCAGCUCACGUCCGCCGUCACAUCCAACAAUCGCGAUGUCGGCGCCUCCCGUACACAACCGAUUUACGCAACAAACGUUUCCGUCCCAGAGACCAGUUCCUGAUUCGCAACCAACGGUGUACUCCCCUGAUGCCUGGAUAUUCACCGUGAAUCGUCAUGACCCACCUCCGACAUUUCGUUCAUCAUCGAGACCGCCGAAAGCUGAACCACCGAAGUUUGACGGCAACCCGAUAAACUGGCCUAUGUUUAUCCAGUCAUUCAAGGUUCAGAUCCACGACACAUGUUUCAGCGAUGCCGAACGUCAACAUCAUCUACGUGUAUGCCUGACGACCGAAAUUCAGAAGAACCUCGGUGAAGUUCUACUCAACCCUGGAUUAUACUCCUUUGCAUUGAAAGAGCUGCAUCGGAAGUUCGGAAAUCCAAGAAUCGUAUCAACCGCCUGCUCUUCAUUGCGUCUAAAGCUACCUUCGUUUAAAGAUAGCGACUACGAAUCUUUAAAGCAGUUUUCGUCCACACUCCGUUCAGUCGUCGCAACUUUGCAACUGGGUGGAUAUGGAUUGGAGCUACACAGCAGCACCACUUUGGCUCAAUUGGUUGGAAAAUUGCCGUCCAAACUACGCAGUAAAUGGGCCGAAGUGAGCUAUCGAAUUCAAGAUAGAUUGCCUACGAUACUCGACCUGGACACGUGGCUCGAUGACGUUACGAUGGCGGAGUAUUUCGUCCGUGUUGGCGUCGACCCCACAUUCCAGCAAGGCAGUCAUCCGAAGACUCGAGAAAACGUCCACAAAUCGUCUAACGAAAAACCGAAGAAGUCGACCACGCCCCCUAUGGUCUUCUCCACAACCGUAAACAUCGCAUCCUGCCCAUAUUGUGACGGUGCUCAUCGCCUUUACCUCUGUGAGAAGUUUAAGGCGUUAAAUCCCACGGAGCGAUCGGAGGUAGUCAAAGAAAAAAGAUGCUGUUACCGGUGUCUCGACGACCGCCAUCUAAGUUCCGAGUGUAAAAGGGAAAAGGAAUGUGGAACAGAAGAUUGUAAACGUCUUCACCACCCUCUUCUCCACGGAGCACCGAGGAUGUAUCCGAAAACGCCACAAUCGAGCCCGACGUCACACUCUUCUCGAAAGGGCCCAUUUAACGGCGCGGUCUCCUUCGGCUACGAAAACGAAACGACCCUGCUGCCUAUCGUCCCUAUGGUAAUCGAAGCUAAUGGUCGAACCUGGACCGGGUACGGAUUGUUGGAUCCCGGUAGCCAAAUCUCAAUGAUAACCAGCGCGCUUGCAAACGAAUUGGGACUUCAAGGCGAGAAGGGAAUUUCGAUAAUCGGAACGUACCACGGCCGCGACCCAACUGCACACACGACAAAGGUGUCCUUCAGAAUCUCGUCGUUGGACAAAAGCAGUUCUUUCGAAAUCCCGAACUGUUACUCCGUUCCCGUCUUAAAAAUCAAGAACGAAAACGUCGAUCUAAAGAAGCUUGUCAAGGAUUGGCCUCAUCUAGCUGGAUUGAAGGUUCCCGCCCAAAAUUCCGUGGACGUGAACGUGUUGAUCGGCUCGUGUGAUAUGGCUCCGCAAGAAGUGCUUGAAAUCAAAAGAGAUCCGUUGAACGAGCGAGCUCCGCGAAGUCUCCGAACAGCCUUUGGAUGGUGUAUAGCCGGUCCGAUUUCUCCGGCCGCCGUUGCACAACUUCAGUGCAACUCGCUCUCAUUAGCGCCCCCACCCGAUCAAGAUCUUGUGAAUGCGAUCGAUCGCUUUCUACUCACCGAGACCUACGAAGCCCGAGCAGCUGUCAAGGUGCCGGUCAGCGACGAUGAAUUACGUGCAAACAAGAUCCUAAACGAAACGACAAGAUUCGUAGGCGAUCGUUACGAGUCGGGACUCCUCUGGAAAAACGAAGAGCCGAACCUCCCCGACAACAGCCAGUCUACACUAGCUCGCUUCCUAAAGCUAGAACGAAGACUCAUCGCCGACGAAAAUCUUGGUAGAAGAUACUCCGCUGCAAUCAACAAAUACAUCAGUCUUGGUCACGCCCGAAAACUUUCAGCCGAGGAGGUCGAUUACCGUCCAGCUGGCCGUACCUGGUUUCUGCCUCACCACCCUGUGAUAAGUCCGAAGAAACCUGACAAAUGCCGCCCAGUUUUUGAUGCCUCCGCGUACUACAAGGGAAUGUCGCUGAACUUUGCCCUGCUGAAAGCACCUGACCUGCUAACCAACUUAAUUGGUGUGUUGCUACGUUUCCGGCAACAUCCUAUGGCAUUGAGCGCGGAUAUCGUAAAGAUGUUCCACCAAGAACCGCCCUCCGUUUACCAAAUGAACGUGCAACCCUUCGGCGCAGUUUGCUCCCCGACAAUUUGUGCUCACGUUCUACGUCAAGCAGCCGAAGACGGUGGGAUUGAUGCAGCCGACGCUACGAAACAAGUAAUCGACCAUUUCUACGUGGACAACUGGCUGACGUCAUUCCCAACUGCCGAAGAAGCUAUUCAGCAAGCGAAAAGGGUGACAAACGUUCUACGUCGUGGAGGAUUCGAGCUCGCCCAGUGGGGCUCAUCAUGCCCGAAGGUUCUGCUGUCGUUGCCUGGCAACCCAGUUUCGUCUAUCGACUUAGCGCUACACGGAAUGCCCAUAGAACGGACGUUGGGCCUCUCACUCGACUACGGUAGCGACUCGUUCGUAGUGAGCGCAAGCAUUAAACUGGAUGGAGAGACGAAACGUGAAAUACUACGAGAAACGUCAAGCGUCUACGACCCAUUUGGUUUUCUCUCACCGGUGUUGCUACAAGCUAAACUCAUUCUGCAAGCUGUAUGCAGAAAAUCGGUUGGCUGGGACGAUCAACUAGACCAGACGACCAUCGAUGAGUGGCAAAAUUGGGCCAUCUCCCUCUCGAAGCUAAACCCGCUUUCCGUCCCACGAUCGUUUGGUGCCAUUGCCUAUCUCCGUUUCGACAUCCCCGACGGCGUUAAAGUGUCAUUGGUUAUGGCCAAGGCAAGAGUAGCACCUAUCAAAUACGUUUCGAUACCCAGACUUGAGCUGUGUGCAGCAUUACUCGCCGCCCGCCUAGCAUCAGUGAUCAAGUCAAAACUUCGACUAAAAAUCGACCAAACCUCAUUUUGGUCAGAUUCGACAACGGUUUUGAGAUGGAUCAACUCCCCACACUAUCGGUUUCAUAUUUACGUCGGAAACCGAAUAGGCGAAAUAUUGGAGCUGUCCGAAAGUAGUCAAUGGCGUUACGUCCCUACGGCUCAAAACCCAGCAGAUGACGUCAGCCGCGGCGUCACGUCAUCUGAAUUUUCCAUCGAACAUCGUUUCUUCACCGGUCCGUCUUUCCUCUACCAAUCACCUCAAAAUUGGCCGGCCUUCCCCGAUGUAAAACAGGGAACUAACGAAGUAGAGGAUCCCGAAGUUCGCUGUACGAGAUGGGUUGGUGCGAUUCUACACGUAAACGAUUCCAUCGACCAGCUCACCACGUACACCUUCCGCUAUCCGUUUUUAGUCGGCGUUGUCGGCUACGUCAAACGUUUCAUCAGUAACGCUCGUAAAGAAAAAACUCAUCGCGAAUUCGGCAAAUUAUCGGAAACCGAGGUCAAGAAUGCGGAAGCAGAAUUGUUUAGGCGCGCUCAGAUGUCUGCCUUUCCAGAAGAUUAUAGCAAUUUAAAAGAGGGAAAGUAG